AACAGAUUGAUUUGUUGUAUUGCCUUCACCAGAGGAAGUUUACUUUUAUCUAUUAUUCUUAUCUAUAAUUACAACUACAUGUACUAUUAUGUAGUAUAUACAUGUGAGAUAUUAAUAUAGGUGGAUUAUUUUGUAUUAUUCUGAUCUUCGUUGAAAAAAACUAAAAAAGUGUCAUAUAUAUUUUUUUCAAGUUUGGAUUUGUUCACCGGACUGAGGCAAGUCAUAUUUACUUCUUUUGCUUCGAUGAUUUCGAUUAAUUAACCCAGCAUAUGUUCAAUACAUCAAUGGAAAGCUAACUUAAAAUAGAUUUCACGAAAUAUAAAGUGCAUUCUUAAUCAAAUUGUGAAAUAAAAAAAUAAACUUUGUCAAAUAAUAGUACUGUUAUACUAGAAUGAAUUACUCAAGACAUAUUCUCACAUUUUAGUUAAACAAAUGAGCUGUUCGGAUUUGAACUGUUGGCUGCGGUUUAUUUGGUGAUGUUUAUUUAUCACCCGAACAAAUCUUUAAAUAAACAAUAGGAAACACGCAUGUUGCAUUCAGGAAUAAGCAACUUUAGGGAUACUGUAUUAAACCAAUCAACUUGCUGAUAUCCUUAGUAUGCACAAGAAGAUACUGGAUGUCCGUCUAGAUUAUCGGAGCUAAUAAAAGUUGUACAUUACGACCAACGAGUAAUCUUUUUUUGUUUUGAACGAUAUAAAAGAAUUAACCGUUACCCGUUUGAGGAAAUAUAAAAAGAAGCAUGUUUUUGAUUAAACGACAUGAAAAUUGAUGACAGCCAGUCUUACAAUAGACAGAGAUAGAUAUCGUGUGUUAAACAACAUCACGUGAAAACAACCGCAAAAUCAGAUCAAUGAAAGUGGGUCAAAAUGUUAUCAGUUACAAACAUUGAGCAUAUAAUGCAGAUAAAGCUAUAUUUUUAGCCGAUGCUCUAAAAAGCACGUGAUAGACUUCCCCGCUUCCUUAAAAUAAAUUUGUAUGGACUUUUCUAAUGCGUUCUACUUCUCUUUAAAAAUAGUAUUGUACAAUGAGGGUACUGCAACACAUAGGAAAGUCGUAACAUUACAAAAUGAAUCAAGACAUCGAUUCAAGAAACAAUUUAGCAAUUAAUGAAUCUUUAAAUAACGUUAAGACCGAGACCAAACCAUGUGACAUCAACCGUAGUGACGCGAAGACUGUUAAAGCAUCCGCAGGCAAAUCAAAGAAAAAUGCAAUGCAAAACAAUCCAAGUUACCAUGUUAAAGUAGUUAUAACUGGAGACUUAAAUGUUGGGAAAACCUCACUUAUUAAGGCUUUAGUAGGACCCGAACAUGAUUCCGUGCUAAAAGGACAGCGUACUGGUAGAGUGAAGACAGAAUUUCGGAGAACUGAUAACAAUAUAAAAAUGGAUAUAUGGGACACCGCAGGCCAGGAAAGAUACAGGUCAUUAACUGCAUCAUACUACCGUGGGGCUCAUGGCUGUCUUAUAAUGUUUGAUCUGACGAAGCACCAUACGUUUGAAAAUGUAACAUCUUGGCUGACAGAUUUGAGACAAUAUACAACGAAUCCAGAAAAAAUCUCGACAAUUCUAGUAGGAACUCGAUGUCAUGCAAAGAGACGGGAAGUUGGUAAAGAAAAGGCGGAAGCAUUUGCGGAACACGUCGGACUUCCGUAUAUCGAAGUGAGUUCCGAAGAAGACAUUAAUGUUCGAGAAGUUUUUGACUUAUUGUCGGACAAUAUAUUACAAACACUGAAACGACAUCCUUCAUUACUUAUGGUACCAACAAUGUCAACGAAAUUAUCAGACAAUGACUCUAAAAAGAAAAUGUUUUGGUGCUCUUGUUGACAAAUAAUGUAGUUAGUACUAGUAGUUGAUAAACGGAAAACCGGGUCUUUCUUAAAAAGUAUGAAUUUCAACGAUCAUAAAAACAUUUCAUUUUUGUAAAUAUGUCCAUUUAACUACACCAUUUGAAAAGUUAUAGGUAAACCAUAGUCAUUUGUAAUUAUAAGUAAUGUAUACUGUCAUUUAAUCGACAAAGGUACUUUAAUAGGUCAUGUACAUACUGAGUCGUAUAUGUAAUUUUUGUCAAUAGUCCUACACUUUUGAAUAAUCCGAAACAAAAAUUAUUGACUCUAAUCCAGUUGAUUUUUGAAGCUGAUAUUUUAACAUACAAGACAUGUAUCAUGACAACUGUCCAGACUCUUUGAUGAUGUGGUACAUGUAUCACAUCAUUUUGUGGAACUCAAAAAGCUAUUUACAAGUACAAUAAAAGGUGUGUUCAUAAAAUGUUUUAUCUAAGAGAAUUAUCCUUCUCCAUUACAGCGUCCUUCAUUUCAUUACCAUAACACCUUAAGUACCUUUUCUCCAGUCAUUUCGGUCUAUUGAUAAAAGGGGCUAAGAAUAGGUUAAAAGCUUUAUCAUAAUUAUAAUUUGUUUGGAUUACUGAUAAAUAUUUUGACAGAACAAAACUUGUCUUAAAACUCAUAUUUAUUUGUAUUGGUCACUUUAAAGACAUAUUCAAAAAAUGUAAAACAAAAGCUACUUCCUACAUCACUCAACUCUUUACCAAACAUUACAUUAACGGGUUAUGAUCCUAUGGCGUCUGCAUUUAUUAUUUUAGAUUAUUCAUGUAUGAUAAAUAAUAAUGAAAAUAUCUACGCAAUAAUUGUCAUUUUAUUGGUUCUUUUAUAUUUGAGAGUAUGCAAUAUUGCCAUUGUGUUCAUGAUUAGAAAAUAUGAGUGCUAAUAACAUUUUGAAUGUGUCCUCAUUUAAUAUGUUUAUGAUCGAAACGAUUUCACACAAACCAUAAUGUUUAUUAACAAAUGUAAAAUUUGAUUUGUAACUUAAGUAUCGUACCACCAUUUAAACGGUAUCAAUUUAUAUGGUGUUUUGUGUUAAAUGUAUGUCCUCAAAAAGUGUUUUCCUGUGAUUUUAUUAUAUUUUUGACUAUCAUUGGACGUUACCUGUAUGUUAAAAAUGGCAACAGUCAAUAGUUAUUCUGUGUCACUUGUAGCAGAAUUUGUCAUAUGAUAAGGAAAUAAGCAGUGAUUUAUCGUAAAAGAUUCUACAAAUAUUUUUUUCAAAUCCCACUUAAAAUGUAAAACUUGCAACGCAACUUUAUCCAUUGAUGAAAUAUAAGACGUUUUGUCCCUAUUACCAUUCGCAUUAUGUUAAUAUAACGCAUAUUUAUUAAUUAUUCAUUAGGCUGGAUCAAUGCAAUGGCAAUAUCAACAUACAAUUUACAUUAUGUAUUUGUUACUAUAUCUUUACAAACAUUGAGGAUAUCAAACAGAAAUAAAACGCAGUAUUGGACGUCAUUCAUACUUAUCCAUUUCAAAGGCAUAUUCAUGUCCCACAUGCAAGUUUGAUCUUCAGAGUAAUUUGGCUAUAUUUCUUGUCACUUUUGAUAAAAAAAAAUCCCAGUUCUUCAAGUGUUUGGGUGUAAGUAAUCGUAACUGAACGUACAUCUAUAUUAAUUUUGUAAAUCAAGAAAAAAAAAUUAGGACGCACGAACUUUAUAAUGGUUAAGUUCGUAACUGUUUAAUUUAUACUUAAUUUAAACAAAUGCAUACAUCGUUUGAUCUUUCAUUGAUUUUCUAUUCUGUGUUCCUCCUCCUCCUCCCCCAUGAUUUUUUCAAUGUCAUAACAUGAUGUAAAUAAUGUAUAGCUAAAGUUAUAAUACCACCAAAAUGACAAAGAUUUCGUACCACCAUUCAAACAGUAUAUUAUCAUAGUGUUUUAUUGUACUUUAAGUCCUCAAAAUAAUUAUUUCUUUUGAUUUUAUUAUAUUUUUAAAUUGUCAUUAGACAAUGCAAAUGUAAGACAUAAGUUGUGUAUAUUAGAAAAAUGAUUCAGUCAAUUUACAUGCCUUAU